AUGUCUCAGAGAUGGAGCAGAAAGAAUACUCGUCUUCCAUUAGCGAUUCUUCUCUUCAUGCUCUUAGUCACUUUUACCAUUCUCUACAUAGAGCGCAGCAUUCAGGAGAUCCAUCACGAUACCAAUCCCGAACAAAAUCUCCGUGAAGCUUCCAGGUUUACUUACGUCAAGCCCAAUCUUCAUGCGAAUAAGCUUCCAGAGGUUUUGGAUAGAUUUAGCCGAUGUAACUCGACGAAUGAGUAUAGUGGGAAGAAAAUAGGAUGGGUUGACCCGAAUGAAGACCCGGGUCAAGGAAGUGCAGAGGAAGAGGGAUGUGAUGUGUUCUCUGGGAAAUGGGUCUUUGAUAAUUCGUCGUACCCAUUACAUAAGGAAUCUGAGUGUCCGUACAUGUCGGACCAGUUGGCUUGUCAGAAGCAUGGGAGGACCGAUUUGGAGUAUCAGUAUUGGAGAUGGCAACCUCAUGCCUGCAACUUGAAGAGGUGGAAUGUGAGAGAAAUGUGGGAGAAGCUAAGGGAUAAGAGAUUGAUGUUUGUUGGAGAUUCAUUAAACAGAGGACAAUGGAUAUCAAUGGUUUGUCUGUUACAGUCUGUAAUCCCACGUGAGAAGCAAUCCAUGUCUCCUAAUGCUCACCUCACCAUUUUCAGGGCAGAGGAUUACAAUGCUACUGUUGAAUUUCUCUGGGCUCCGUUGCUCGUGGAAUCGAAUUCUGAUGAUCCGGUUAAUCAUAGAUUGGAGGAACGGAUAAUCCGACCCGAUUCAGUUCUUAAACAUGCAUCAAAGUGGCAACAUGCUGACAUCUUAAUCUUCAACACAUACUUAUGGUGGAGGCAAGGCCCUGUCAAGAUCCAAUGGAGCAGUGAAGAAAAAGGGUCAUGCGAGGAGGUGAAGGGCGAUGGGGGAAUGGAGAUGGCGAUGAAUGCUUGGGGUGAUUGGAUUGCUAACAAUGUCGAUCCGAAAAGAAAGCGUGUAUUCUUCGUUACAAUGUCUCCUACACAUCAAUGGAGCCGGGAAUGGAACCCGGGAAGCGAAGGAAACUGCUACGGGGAGAAAAAACCGAUAGAGGAAGAGAGUUAUUGGGGAGGUGGAUCAGAUAUUCCGACAAUGAGAAUGGUGGACAGAGUUUUGAAGAGAUUGGGACCAAAGGUUUCUGUUAUAAACAUCACUCAGUUGUCUGAGUAUCGUAAAGAUGGUCAUCCCACAGUGUACCGGAAAUUUUGGGAACCUCUAACCGAAGACCGGUUGAAUAAACCGGAGUUAUAUUCUGAUUGUAUUCACUGGUGUGUACCUGGAGUUCCUGAUGUUUGGAAUCAAUUGCUUUACCAUUUUUUGUGA